UACCUAUUUAUUUUUACGUUAUAAAAAUUAAUAUUUUGGUUAGAAUAUUCAAAAUAAAGCAAUGCUUUCCAUAAAAGAAAUUGAAUUGGUAACACAAACUGCUCUUAAUAAAGAAGAAUUGGACAAACAAAUACUAAAGUGUAAAAAUCCUUUAAAAUUAAGGACUCUUUUAUAUAUAAAACAUGAAAGAAUUAAUGAAGAAUUUGAUUCCAAGCUGGAUCUAAAUUUCAAAGAAAUAUGUAAAAAUGAUAACGAAAACAUUGAAACAAUUUGUGAGUUAUUAAGGGUGUCCUUAGUAAUAACAAAAAAUGCAGAGAAACAGUCUGAACAUAUUUUAAUUUAUUGUUUGACUAGAAUUAGGGAACAGAGUAACAACAGUAAAAUUGUGUUAAGAAUGUUAAAAAUUAUUCAUGAAAUACUCAAAUAUUACAAAGUAAACAGUAAUAUUGCAUGUAAUAUGUAUGAGGAAUUAAACAUGAUUUUAUUGAUCUUAUUUAAUUGCAAUUUUGAAGAUGUUACAAUUUUUAUUAACUCAUACAUAAUUUCCAAUUAUUUAUGCUUAAUGCCAUCAGCACUUCUUAUAAAAUUUAUAAAUGAUAUUUUUAUUCUUUGUAUGACCAAGCAAAAUCUUAGUAUAUUAUGUAACUUGUAUAAUUACAUUCAUCCUAAAAAUAAUUCAUCCCUUUUUAACAACUCUGAGUUUUGGGAAUAUUUAUCUAAUUGUAUUAAAAGUGACAAAACUUAUUUGGCUAAACAGGCAAUUUAUUUGUUAACUAAAAGCAUACAUAUUAUUUAUUUAGAUAGUCCUGGAACAAUAGAUAAUACUUAUGUUCAAAUAUUGCAUUCAGAAAAUCCUUUAAAAACCUGGAAUGUGUAUUUUAGUUUAUUGGAUAUAUCAAAGGAAAAACAAUUGCAUUUAAUACAGCCAUCUUUAAAAUUAUUAAAUCAAAUUAAAUAUAUGCAUAUAAUUUGGCAAAAAAGUUUGUAUUGUAUUUUAGUAAAUCAUAGCCAAAUAUCUGUUAUAUACACUACAGCUUUAGAAAUACUUAUAAAUGCCACCCCAAGUAAUUUGGAGAUUGUAUUUAAUUUGGUACUUCCCGCAAUUAAUAAAAAUGAGUUAACAUCAAAAACUUUGGUAGUUUUUUUUGAAUUAUCAAAUUUAGUAAGAAAAAUGGAUGAAAAACAAUUGGUUGAUUUUUUAAAAGCUUCGUUGAUGGUUCCAUGGAAUCCUACAUCUCUUUGGUGCAUAUGCUAUUACAUAUUUAAAUCAGAUUUUAUUGAAAAAGUACCAAUAAGUUUUUAUGAUCAAAUCAUUGGAUUAAUACAAAAACUACCCAAUAUUUACAUAAGGGAUGGUUGCACUAAUGUGUUGCAUAAUUCUAUAAUUAAUUUAAAAAAAAUACUUACUUUUAAAGAGUUUUUAAAGGUUUGCCAAAUAUUUUUGAGCAUUGAUAAAUAUCCCAUGUUAACAAACUUUGUUGUUAAACAAUAUAGGAAAGAAUACCUUGAGGAUAUUAAAAAUGUUAUCGAUUUUCAGAAUAAAUUUGUUGAUAAUACAUUUAUUUUAUGUUUAAACAUAAUUCAGAUAUUAAAAUUGAAUAUUUGUGUACAAUACUUUACAAAUAACAUAGAUAAUUAUGGUUCAUUGUUAUUGUUACAAAUAUUUAACAAAUUUCCUGAGAUAUUUCCCGAAAAAUUAGACAAGUUUACCAAACAUUUUCCAUUGCAGGAUACAACCAUAGAUGUAAAUAUAUUAUUAAGGGUUCUCAAAUAUGUAGAUGAUAAAAAUUUACAAGAAAAGCUCAGUAACAUUUUAAUGCUGGAUCCACAAGACUUGGAUAGCAAAAUAAAUUGUGAUAAUAUAUAUUUAUCUUUCAAACUUCUACAUAGAGAAAACCCUAAAUAUGUAGAAAUAUUAAAGUAUUGGGAAAAAAUAAUUUUAAAUGGCUCCUUAAAAAUUAACAGCAAAAUAUGCAUUUGUUUUAUUGAUAAAUAUUUAUCUUCUGAUUAUGAUAAAAAUAAAAAUAUUAAAGUAAUAAAAAAAAUAUUAGAAAUUAUUUUUGACUCUCAAACUGAUGACGUUAUUGUUAAUACGUUUAGCAAAUUAAAAUAUUUAAUUAAUAUUGCUGGAAAUGACAUAGAGAAUUUAUUGGAAUUAUAUUACAGUCAGAUUAAAAAAUUAAAAAUAAAUGGAGGUUUUAAAGAUGCAAUUAAAAAUUACAUUGAGGUAAUCUUUGGAUUGGUUGGCAAAAAUCAAAAUAUUGAAUUUAUUCUGGAAAAAUCUAAAUUGUUAUUAGAAUUAGCUAAAACUUUUGAAGUUAUUUAUUAUUACAUUGCUUUAUGUAUACACAAUGAAGUUUCAAAACAUUAUAAUGAAAAUGUUAGUAACUUAUGUAUCCCUUUAUUAAUUGACAUUGUCCUGCAAGAUGCAUUAAUACAUAAAGAAAAAAAAGUUGAAUAUGCAGUUUGUCAGGAAAUUUUGAAUAACUUUAAAAAUUAUAGAGACAGUCCCUAUACUGUACAGUUAAAAGGAAGGACUUUAGCAAUUGAGACAUUAUACAAAAUAUCCAAAAGAGGUAAUUCAGAUACCAUUGCUAAAAAUCUGCUAGCCAAGUACAAGCAAUUUUUUAAUAAAAGAUAUUUUCCGGAUUCUCAGAUUUACAUACAAAAGCUAAGGAUAUGCCAAUUACUGCUAAUAUUUUCUCCUCAACUAGAAAAUGAACAAACUGCACUGAGAAACUUUAUACUAAGAAGUUUUUGCGAAGAAAUUCACCAGCCUUGCAUAAGACAACUGAUGCAGUGGUUGUUAAUAUUAAUAACAAAAAAUGAUGUGUAUGAGCAAAUAUUGACAAUUAAAAAAACCAUAGACGGAAGUACCAAAACACAGCCUUCAACAAUAGCGGCCUUUAUACCUGUUUUAAUGCAUUUAGCCGUAACAAAUCAGGAUUUUUAUUUAGACGUUAUACAAAUAUUAUUGCCUUAUUGUAUGGGGGCGCAUUUUAAACUUAGAGUUUAUUCCCAGAUCGCAUUUAAAAUUUUGUAUGAUAAAUCAUUAAAGAAAGAAUUUACAGAAGUAGUAUCAAAAUAUGAGUUUCUAAUAACAUCAGUUAAACAAAUAAUUUUGGCCAGUGGAAAAGCGUUUUAUGACACCUUGGGCACAGAUUUAUACUUUUUUACAACUCUGGAUACUCAGGCACAUUUUUCAAUAAAAUCAAUUUUCUAUGAUAUACCCAGACAUAACAGUGUUACUCCUGUAGAAUGGGAGAAUAUUUUAUACUCUGAAGGAUUCUUGAAUAUAAUAACGGGAUUAAAUCUCUUUGAUGAAUCUUUUGAAACUGAAAAUACAGUUAAAGAAUAUAUAGAAUAUAUGGAAGGAAAUAACAACAUACAAAAGAAAAUCACACCAUGGAAGGAUGCCUUACAAGAAAUAAACAAUACUGAUUCAGAUUUAAUACUAAUAUCUUCACUUAUAGACAAACUACCAAAUUUGGGAGGUUUAUCUCGUACAUGCGAGGUUUUUGGCGUUAAAAACGUAGUCCUAAACGACGUCAAAAUAUUAAACGACAAAGAAUUUAAAAGUUUAAGCAUGUCUUCAGAAAACUGGAUUAAUACUUUGGAAGUCAAGGUUGAUGCGUUAAAAGACUUUAUUUUAGAAGUUAAAUCACAAGGGUACACGAUUAUUGGAGCUGAGCAAACUGCUGAAAGUGUUAUGUUGGAUAAAUAUCGGUUUCCUAAAAAAUCGGCAAUUUUACUAGGUAACGAAAAAGAGGGUGUACCGGCAAAUUUAAUCCCCCUAUUGGAUGUGUGCGUGGAAAUCCCGCAACAAGGAAUGGUUAGAUCUUUAAAUGUGCACGUGGCAGGAGCUGUUUUUAUAUGGGAAUACACAAAACAACAUUUUGUUUAAAAUUUAUUUACUUA